AGUCACCUUUUGUAUAUGAAAUAUCAACUGGCAUUCUAUAUAUUAAGUUUAUCAGUAGUUGAAGACUUGCAGUUGUUAAAUCCGGAAAGACCUGUAAUAACAAACUAUCUCCCUUCACUUUAUUGCUAACAUCUUCAAGCUUAUAUGACAUCUACCUCUCAGCCCACUGCGGUUUCAUCUGAUGAACCGCUUACUCUAAACCUUGAUAAAAAUGAAAAAGAUGAGUACGAAAAGUUCAUCAAAAGCUUAAUUAAGGAAUUUCCGCCAUGUGAUGUAGAGAAAGAACUUCGAAACUUUGAUAAAGAGAGCGCUGAUAAAGAGUUGAAAUCCAAAAUUGAAAAAUGUUUUCCGGGAAUUCCUGGAAAUGCUGCAAGCACUCGCCAAAAGGAAAGCGUUCGACGAACCUGUAGUAUAGAGGAGUUGAAGGAUAAGAAUUGGCUUCUCAAAGUAAGGUUAAAGCAUGAAUGUCGCAAUUUGGACAUUUUGAUAAAGAAAAAUAAUCUCUACUUAGUCGGGUACAAGGGUAAAUAUAAAGAAAAAGAAGAAGACGGAGCGGUGAAUGCUGAAACGGAGCAAGCUGAUUACUGGAUUGUUCUAACUGGGAAAAAUCAUCGCGAAGUUGUUAAGUCUUUCCAGAAGUUUCCGCCAUCGACGGACCCGCUAAAGGAAGUUAAACUGAGUACAUCAUACAGUGCAUUGUUUGGCAUAUCUGAUCCAUCUUUUAAGGGUUCUGAGCCAGAGGCAGACCGGAGUGCAGAGAAAGAAGAGAAGUCGAAAAUGGUUCUAGCACGAAAAGGGAGAGACAAAGAAAGAAAAAUAACUGACGCCGUAACAGAAUUGAAGGCAAUGAAAGAGCAAAUUGAAAGGCUGAAGGGAAAAGAUAAUAAAGACUUGAUCAAAAGAGUGGACACAUUGUUAGCUAUGGUGCCAAGAGAUAUUACCCUUGAGCGUGUAAAAGAACUUAUAGGUGCUGAUGACAAAGCAGCGCUAGAUUUUUUGAAUUAUUUAAAAGAGCCGCGAGAGGAUUAUAACCCUGAGCGACAGCAUCGUAAAUUCAUAGAGCAAAGUGUUAAAGUAGACAAUGAAAUCAGAAGAGUGAAGGAUCGUUUGGCAAAGGUAAAGUUGAACAGACGAGCCUUCAUAAAAGCAGUCAAUUAUCUCACCGCCUCCUCAUUGGAUCAGGAAGAUAGAAAAUUCGCUAAACAUAUUAUAAAGUUGGCCCUGAUGAUAUGUGAAGCUGUGAGAUUUCAAUCUAUCGCAGAGCAUGUUGCAUGCAAUUAUUACCACAAGGAAACCCACACUGAUUCUAAUUUGCCUGAAAACUGUAUUACUUCCAUAUAUUAUUGGGGUGAUAGAUCGGCCUUAAUGCAACGUGGGGGGUGGUACGAUGCUGAAAGACGUUUGUUGGGAGAAAAUCCGACAGUCAUAAGGCAAAUGGAUAAAGACAAGAGAGACAAAGAGUAACUGGAGCAACUACCAAAUAGUAAGUUCUAGCUCUGUAUAAUAUUUGGAUCUGCAGUCUUUCUACAACGUGAAACUCUUCAUUUAUUGUGUUUAUUUAUUCGUUUCAUCGUCCCUUGUUUUGCCAUACUACUCGCUAUAUUUGCUGCAGGAGGCCAGAAAGUCCGCGUCAAUCAAAAAAAUUUCCUCUCUACAGAUCCUGGUCUGCUAGCAACUCUAUGGAUUAUGUGCUUGGAAAGCAAAGCUGGCAUUUGGAAGAAUUUAGUACUACUCAUUUUAAUUCAGUGUGAAAUAAUUAAGAUUGUGUUCUGAGUUGAUUCAAUGUUGAUUGUGAUUUCUA